UACGCGUACACGUUUCCGCGCGCCCAGCAAAGCGGGGACAGGGCGAAAAAUCCAGCGAAAGCCAGACUGAGCUUCCUGACCCCAAAGAGCUUCGUAGGGGAAGUUAUCUUCAGACGGCCCUCCCGGCGUGCACGGAGAAGUGGGAUUUUACCUGCGCAACUGCACCGAAAUUUGCACGACAAGGCGGCUGGAGUUUUUUGUUUUGUUUUGGGUUUUCUUUGCUUUGUUCGGGGUCGGCUCCGUGUAGAGUUUUAUUGCAGAGCAGCAUCACUACCGCACGUCGUGCCGCACAGGGAGGAGAGGAGAGGGCAGAAGUUUCCGCUGGCUUGUUUUGUCACUGCGGGGCUGGUGAAUCCGCAGGAAUGUCGCAGAAGGAGAGACCCACGUUUUACCGACAGGAGCUCAACAAAACCGUGUGGGAAGUCCCGGAGCGCUACCAGAACUUAUCUCCUGUCGGUUCCGGUGCUUACGGAUCCGUGUGCUCGGCGUUUGAUGUGAAGACGAACCUGAAGGUAGCAGUGAAGAAGUUGUCCAGACCUUUCCAGUCCAUCAUCCAUGCAAAGAGAACCUACAGAGAGCUGCGACUGCUCAAACACAUGAAGCAUGAAAAUGUGAUCGGCCUUUUAGAUGUUUUCACACCAGCGACAAGCUUAGAGGAAUUUAACGAUGUGUACUUGGUUACACACCUAAUGGGGGCAGACCUCAACAACAUCGUGAAGUGUCAGAAGCUCACGGAUGACCACGUCCAGUUCCUCAUAUACCAGAUCCUCAGAGGCUUAAAGUACAUCCACUCUGCAGAUAUCAUCCACAGAGAUUUGAAGCCCAGUAAUCUGGCUGUGAAUGAAGACUGUGAGCUUAAGGUGAGGAGACUGAUUGUUUCAGAUCCAAGCUUCACCAUAUGCAAUAUCACUUACUGUAGAGCUAAGUGCUCAGUCAUGUCUCAUGUUGUUGUCUUUACGUCGCCUACGCAUCGUUGCAUCACUCAGAUCCUGGACUUUGGUUUGGCACGGCACACGGAUGAUGAAAUGACAGGAUACGUAGCCACACGGUGGUACCGCGCCCCGGAGAUCAUGCUCAACUGGAUGCACUACAACAUGACCGUGGAUAUCUGGUCGGUGGGCUGCAUCAUGGCUGAACUACUUACAGGACGGACGCUCUUCCCUGGCACAGACCAUAUUGAUCAGUUGAAGCUUAUAAUGAUGCUCGUCGGAACGCCAGGGCCCGAGCUCUUGAUGAAAAUCUCUUCAGAGUCUGCGAGGAACUAUAUCAACUCACUUCCCCAGAUGCCAAAGAGAAACUUUGCUGACGUGUUUAUUGGUGCCAACCCACUUGCGGUGGAUUUGCUGGAGAAAAUGUUGGUGCUUGAUACAGACAAGCGGAUCACAGCAUCUGAGGCUCUGGCCCACCCUUACUUUGCCCAGUAUCACGAUCCAGAUGACGAGCCUGAAGCAGAGCCUUACGACCAGAGCUUUGAAAGCCGUGAGCUGGAAAUUGAGGAAUGGAAAGCCUUAACCUACGACGAGGUCAUCAGCUUCGUGCCACCAUCUUUCGACGAAGACGACAUGGAAUCUUGAGGAGGAAGCGGCUCUCUUCCACGAUUUGUUUUCCAAGAAACACUCUCUAAGGACUAUCGGUCUCAUGUGACUAUCCGCCACUUUCCUCAUACACGCGCACAGCGAUGACAUUCAAGUGCCUGCCGUCAUUCAUAUGUGGGGGGGACGUUGCGCUUUCAGGGAAACGAAAACAAAAAACUUGACAUCUUGUUCAUACCGUCCCCUGCUCUGCUGUUUUGUUUUUCUUAACAUGAAUCCCACCGUGCUGAGGUAGACUUUAACUCUCCUUAUGCAUUAGUAAUUUUUUAUCUCAGACAUAUAUUCUUUAUAUUCUGUCCCUUAUUCUACAUACACAGCAAAAAUAAAGAAAGAAAGAAAGAAAACAUUACAUGUCAGUAUCUCCAGGCAAAUUGUAAUAACUGAACAUCUAUUAUGUAUUUUAUUUUAAAAAAAUAGCUGAAAAUGAUGCUGUAGGACAAAAAUUCUGGAAAGUUUUAAACCAUGCUGAGUGUGAAGGGUCUCUUUUGGCACAUUUUAAAUUCUGUUAUUUCUACGAGUACAUAGAACUAUGUAGAUACUACAGAAACAGUAUUUGUACAUAAAUCUUUCUGGGAAAAACAGCUACCACACGUGUAGUACUCUGAAUUAACCAAGAGGCUCGUCAGCCGCCCAAAUUGACAGUUUGUUCUAGAAUGGCAUAUAAACCGAUACUGUGUGUAAUUUAUUUAGAAUAUGUAUAGGAUACGCCAAAAUAUGUAAAAUAUUCAGCCCAGUAUGGAAAAUUCAAGGCUUCAUAUUUCUUAAUGAUUAAGUUUUACACAUGGCAACCCCCCCCCCCCCCCCCCACCCCCCCAAGGAGAGCUUGUCCCAUGUGUCCAUUUUCAUCUAUUAUUUUAGUAAGCUUCUUCCGUCUUCUCGCACUUGUGUAAUUUCACAUGAAUGUUUCAGCGAACAGCCACCAAUCUUUGCAGUUUCACCACAGCAUGUUAAAGCCAGAGUUUUUGGCUUACUAGUUUAUUCAAAUUUUAAUGUUUUUCCAUCACAACGUCAGCCGACAAUGUAAUUUAAUCAUAUUGCAUUUAUGAAACAGUACUAUUAAUGUUUAUGGAAUGUUUGGGGCGCCAGUUUGCGCCGUAUAUUUAUGAUCUUUUCUUAUAUUGUUUGUAUAUUGAUGUAAAAGAGAAUAUUAUUUGUCAGAAUUUAAGGUUGUUUGUAUUAUUUAUGGAGAGCUUAUUGUAUUAGUAUCCAAAUGUGUCAUCGAUAAUUUCAUAGAUCACUUGAGCCACAGUGACUACAGCUUUCAUAUCAAGAGCCGACAAUGUUAUCAAGAGAUCGUUUGGAAUCAGUUUGAUACGUUCUGCUCAGUUUGCUAAAUUACCGUUGCUGAGGUUGUGUUUACAGCGCUCCUUGAUUCACGGAUCAACAAAUUAUCACAAUUUUUUAAAAACGAAACCCAAAACAUAUCCUGUAAUGGUGGCAUAUAAGUCACCAUUUAUUGACUAACAAACCACUAAACUAUUUCUUUAGUGUGAAGACUUUUAUGACAAAAUGCUUCCAAUGUGAAGCAUUUGAAAAGUCAGACACGCAAGCUGUAUCCACAGUUGCUCUGCCUUUGGCACCCAAACAAUAUCAGACAUCAGUCAUGUUUGAUUUUAGCCGCUUGUUUUAAAUGUAGUGAUUUUUCUAAUGUGUUAUUUUACUCUUUGUGUGCUAAAUCAAGAUUUCAUGUUAUUCUGUGAUUCUGUAAUGAUUGUUUUAUAAGCAGCACCAGAAGCCUGUUAGAGUAAUUUGGGGGGGGGGGGGUCACAUGUAUGCAGGAAAGUGCAUAUGUUUACUCACUGGAUGCUGAAGGGCAAUGCCGAAGCCUCAUAUUUUAUCAUUUUUAAACAACUGCAUUGAUUUAGAUAGGAUAUUUAUUUUGUCCAUAUCCCGAUGUCAGUAGUAAAUUUGGUUACACUUCGUCUGCCUGAAAUAUGUUUUUCUGGGUUUUUUUUUUUUUUUUUUUUUUUUUUUUUUGACCACAUGUAUCAAGAUAGCAGGCCACGCCACCUGUAAAUACCACCAUUAGAAAAUAAA